AUGCAGCUACUGACAAGUGUGACAGAUGAGAUGGUUUUCACCCUGACAACAGGUCCUGGUGUCGCAACAAAAAACAUGGUGGAAGUGUCCACUGUUGGGGAUUUCACAACACCACUAACCACCAACAACUCCUCAUCUGAUUGCCAGGGAGGGAACCAGCAUUUGGCUCUCACCUUAUUCCUGUGUCUGGUCUUCUUCAUCGGAUUCCUCCUAAAUAUGUUCAGCUUGUGGGUGUUCUGUUGUCGUUUUCCAUGCUGGACGUCUGGAACCACCCUACAGUUCCACCUGGCCCUGAGUGACGCCAUCGCCACUCCGGUAACCCCCAUGAUGGCUGUGUACUUCGCCAUGGGUAAUGACUGGCCCUUCGGCCACUUCCUCUGCCAGCUCAAGAUCGCCCUGUUGAGCUCACAUUUUUACGGCAGCACUAUGUUUCUUACUCUCAUCAGCAUCCAUCGCUACAUUACUGUGGUGCACUUCAACAAGAGCUCCCGCUUCAAGCGGAAGUCUUUUGUUCGAAAACUCUGUGCAUGUGUGUGGUGUUUGCUGGCGAUCAAGGCUCUGAUCUAUGCAGUCCUGCUCCCUCCCAGCAGCAAAGAGAAAGGGAGCAGUCAAUGUCUCUCCAUCCAUCAGAGAAAUCUGACCAAUUUCUACUUCAUCAUUAACUUCUUCCUGUUCAUCUUUGGAUUCCUGCUUCCUUUCUCGGUCUCUGCUAUCUGUUAUGGCCGCUUGGCAAACACAUUGACUAACCUUAACAUCAGCACAGCCAAAGGUCUGAAAGUCAAGCUGAAAUCUCAGAGGAUGAUAGGUGUGUGCCUGCUUAUAUUUGGCGUGUGUUUCCUGCCUUUGAAUAUUGUACGAACUCUGGGAGUGGUGUUGAAGAAAUUCUAUCCGGGAGAAUGCAGUGUUCUCCAGCAGAUUGAGACGGCCUACUACACCACCUGGAUCUUAGCCGGUGUGAACAGUUGUCUGGACCCCGUGCUGUAUUGUUUUGGUUCUCAGAAUUUUCGAGAUGCAUUUCAGUCUCUCCGGGAUGGGAAGGCGGAUGUUCCGAACAGACCGAACCGAAGUGAAUCAGAAAUGACUGCAAAUCAGAGAGAGAUGGAUUAACAGAAGCCCAAAGCAUAGCUUGAACCAUCUGGUCAUCUUUACAACUUGCAUUAUUAUAUUCAUUGACCUCAUGGAGGCUGAAGUAAUCUGGAAAGUUAGCAAGUUGUAUUUCUUUCAUCAGUUAGCUGUAUUAUUCCAGUAUUAACAAAAACUACUGGAGUGUAGUUAUGUUUAUUUUUGAUAAAUAAUUUUCCACUUGUUGGAAAUUGAAAAAAUAAUGAAGAUUCAAACAUAUACUUUAAAUUUAGCAUGAGCUAAUGUGUGUCUAAUAAAUAAAUUGUAAAAUGUGUUUAAGCCUUGCCUAUGUUGUUCUGUCCUGGGAGUGACUUAUGGGUUCCUUCGCAGGGUUCUUUUUUAGCCAAGAGGUGGCGCUAGUGAGUCAACACCAUCACCAGCCACCUUCCUUCACUAGAGACGAAGGAAGCAGAAAAAGAAUGGAAGUAGUACAGUUUCUGCGCGAUCAAAUGAAUGAAGUCUUGAGGCAGAUGGAAAGAGAACCUGGACGUGUUGAACCAGAGACACGGGAAGCCUGGAUUUGAGGAUGAGGACAGUGAAGCUACAAUAGAUCAAUUAGAUAAUAAUUCAUUGUUAAAGUAAAAAUACUUGAAGUAUUUGUUGACUUGGGGGACGACGACUUGAUCCCACCUUGCAAAAAGAAAAAGAGGUAAUUACAAGGAUGCACCUGUUUCACUUCGCACCACCAGGCCUCGCCACUGGGAGCCGC